CAUAACCUCCCUUAAAACAACAAUGUGUCCAUGUUACACUUUCUGUACAGAUUAAAUAAUUACAAUAUAACAUAUUAGUGAGCUUUAGAAGUGCUGACAGGAAAGGCAGGGAGAUGGAGAGGGGAUGACAUGCAGAAAAGGGCUCUGGCUGGAAUCAAACCUGAGCAACUCUACCAGAUGAGCUACAGGGGUGCCCACUGUUGGCAUUUCUAAUGAUAUUAGCAUUUGCAUUUUUUCAGCACUGGCACUGGCAUUUCUAAUUGUGUAGGUAUAGUAUGGGUAUGGUACUGGAUUGGAAUUAGGACUUCUAUUGGUAUUGAUAUUGGCACUGUUAUUAUUAAGCUACAGUAUGAUCAAGACGAAGACAUAAGAAUUUCAAGAUAAAAGAUGUUUUGCCUGAGGAUACUACUGCACUGCACCAGACACAGGAAUACACCUCUCACUUAACAAGAUUGUCCUUUAAGUAUGUUGGCAGAAAUGGAGACGAUGGCUUUUGUCAGACUGAGUGGAGACCGGGUGGCCUGGAGCGGAGUGGCUCCCUCAUCCUGCCCUGAGGUGGACCUGGAGGUCAUCGAGGAGUACCUGCAGGAGCAUUCACUGGAGGUCCAGCCUGCACGCACACCUGCAUCACCUCCAACCACCGUGGGGCAACAAAAGCACACACACUCCCACCAGAGCACCAGGAUCAUAGAAAAUAGCUGGUUUGGUCAGCAUCCGUAUGAGUGGCACUGUGACCCCUACACUCCAAAUGAGGAAUAUGAAGAGCAUGCCCUGCCUCCAGCUUUGCCUAGUCCCCAUGACCAUCAAUGGGACCACAUUUCUUACUACGUGGGACCUGCAUACAUUGACUCAGACUCCCAGUCCAGUAGCUCCCAGUACCAAGAUUCCCCAUCACCAUCGUCGGAUAGGGGAAGCAGGAAGGACAGAGACUCCCUGCCUCUUGCCCCACUUUCAGCUUCUUCCUCCUUGGCAGGAAAGAGGAAGGAGCGAUUGUUCCAGUUCCUGUUUGAGAUGCUCCAGACGCCAUCGAUGCGUAACUGUAUCUGGUGGGUCCAGUCCUCGGCUGGUACAUUCCAGUUCUCCUCCCAAAACAAGGAGCGCCUGGCGGAGCUUUGGGGCCUUCGUAAGGGCAAUCGCAAGACGAUGACCUACCAGAAGAUGGCACGGGCGCUGAGGAACUACUCCCGCACGGGCGAGAUUCACAAGGUGAAGAGGAAGCUCACCUACCAGUUCGAUGAGAAGACACUGCGAGGCCUAAAAGGAGAAUCUAAUGCAGUGUAGGAGGCCUGAUGGACAGUAUAUAAUAUAUAUGUAUAUAAGCAUAGAAAAGAAUAAGCACAAUGGAUAUUUACGGAAAAUCACUGUGGUUGUCCCAUUCAUGUCCAUUCUGCUGAUUCUAAUUCUAUGGUAUGUAGAAACAAAUGAAUACUGGGUAUUUGAAAAGCCAGAGGAUGAAACACUGUAGGUCAGAUAAGGGGCAAACAGGAAAUGGUGCUAGUGAUGUGAUAGGCAAUGCAUGAAAAGUCAGCUGCCAUUAUAAACUAUGUAAACCUAACAGGUUAUCACAUAAUAUCUACUUCAUAAGUAGAACUACUAUCAUUCUUAAAAUAAAAGUUGUGGUUUUCUGUUUUUUGUGAUUCUGUAUUGCAGAUAGUCAGCAUUUACACGAUAAUUUUAAAGACUUAAAAAAUAGGUUGUGUAAACAUGAUCUGUUUGUGUUAAA